GUUUUGACCUGGUAACAUUAAGCCAUGGGGCUUAACCUCACCAAAUACUGUUCACAAAAGCACUCUGGGGAAGGGAAGCUAUUUGGCAUGCUCUGUUUUGCUGUGCUAUGUCAUAUCAUAACUGGUCCUGGCCACACCUAGUGCAUUAGUCCUCAUGCAGGCUGCAAACACCAGCUCAUUACUUCUGGCUCUCGGAUGAGCAGAGCAGAAAGGGAUCAAACUACACCAGAAACCCGCUAGAAGGCAGAAAUUCAAGGGGCAGCUGCAGAAGAACUAGAGAGAAACAGGAACUUUACGAAGUAGCGCCCAUCAUCUACCUGGAGCCACCCCAUCAGCUCUGCAGUCUCCUUGCUCAGAAACAUUCAUCCUGUCCCUUUUCUCAGACAGCAGCAGGAGCACAGAGGCAGCCAGCCCCAGAGACCCUACCUGCACGGUGCUGGGGAGAACCAUGCCGGACUCCUUCACCAUCCACUUCCUGAAGGUGCUGAGGGAGCUGCUGGCCUUCGUGCUCUUCAGUUACACCGUGUUGGUCGGGGCGCUGCUGCUCGCUGGAUGGACAACGUACUUCUUGGUGCUUAAAUGAGCGCUCUCCAAAGGGAACAGGCUCCACUGUACAGCUCAUCUGUGCAUCUGCUCAUCACAGGGAACGGUCCCUUCCUCCUGCAAGUGUUUUGUUUCAUUACUGCCUAAUCACAGUCUUAUUUUCUUAUGUAAAAACAAUAAAGGUUUCCAAAGCAUCUA